CACACACCACCCCAAACACCAGGGCAGGACAGAGGCUAUUUUUGGCCAGAGCAAAGGAAUAACUCACUGGUAAAAUACGGACACGUUCCUCCGGCUGAUCCAUUUCGACAAAAAAAGAAGACCAUUACAUUUUUCUUUUAUGAAUCUGGCAAAUUAUUCUUACUUCUCUGGCAUGUGCAACAUGACCGCAGAGACGCAGCACUCGCCCGCCGAGGCCAGUCCUGUUGUCAUGUCUCCAAAUGUCAGCCUGGACUCGCCGCUGCCACCGCCGCCUCUGAUGCUGCAGGCCCGGUCAAAGGACAAUAUUUUGAUCAAGUCUGAGCCCAGGGGAAACAGCCCAAACACUGAGGAUGGAGCCGCUCUGGGCCAGACUGAGGAGCACCUGCCCACCGGGAGCCGCCGCAGGAAGAGGCCCGUCCAGAGGGGGAAACCUCCCUACAGCUACAUCGCUCUCAUCGCUAUGGCCAUUGCCAACUCCCCCGAGAGAAAGCUCACCCUUGGGGGCAUUUAUAAGUUCAUCAUGGAGCGCUUUCCUUUCUACAGGGAGAACUCAAAGAAGUGGCAAAACUCCAUCCGCCACAACCUCACCCUCAACGACUGUUUUGUCAAGAUCCCCCGGGAGCCCGGCAGACCAGGUAAAGGCAACUACUGGACUUUAGACCCCGCAGCUGAGGACAUGUUUGACAACGGGAGCUUUUUGAGGAGAAGGAAACGGUUCAAGCGCACAGAUGUGAGCACCUACCCAGGGUACAUGCAAAGCUCCAGCGCGUUCACCCCAACCCCGAUGGGAAGGCCCUCGUACCCUAACACCCUGUACGCCGGGAUAGGCUCUGGUUAUGGCUCACAGCUGACAGCCACAUCACCGCAUCCGGCCAUGCUGCAUCACUACCAGACGUCUGCCGGGGUCGGCCAAGGACAGCCGCGCAUGUUCAGCAUCGACAACAUCAUCAGCCAGCAGACAGCGGUGCAGAGCGGCCCCGGGGGAGAGCUCAACACCCAGGCGCUGGGGCUGGGCGGAGGUGACCUGGGCACCAUGACCUCCAGCUGCUCGGUCACCGGCACCGACCCGUCUGCCUGCUUCCAGACCCAGACUGUCAACCCCUCAGCGAACAUGCUGAGCAGAAACAGCGGGAACAUCCCCUCCAACCUGGCCGCCGGGUACCCGUACUCCUCUUCGGCCUCUCCCCCAAACCUGCCCACCAUGACCCAGUCCGGUUUCUCACCGGGGAGCUCUCAAGUGUACUGCUCCGGGAACCGGCUGUCCCUGCCCACCCUGCGCCCGGGCUCCUGCGCCGAGCACACGGAGCAGCUGCUGGGCCUCUCCAGCCCCAUGAACUCCUACAACAACUCCUACAUGAGACAAGCCAACUUUGCGUCAGGAUUAGAGCGCUAUAUGUGAGACAUCCCUUGAGAAAAAAGAUCAUAAUUAAUCAUAAAAAAGUUAGGCUGCCGCAAGGUCCCUUAUUCAAGAAAUAUGACACAUAAUUGCAUAACAAAUUCCUAUCAGAAUAUUAUUGGGAUUUGUAUUACAGCAGCCUAUUAUGCCCUAAAUUGUCACAAUGGACUCAUUAGGACAGAUUCAUAAGUCACUGUAAAAAAAAAUAAUAAAAAAAAAAUAAAAAAAGGUGAUUUUUUUUUUCUUUUAGCCAAGAUCAGAAACGACAUGAAACAUGACAAUGACCGAGCCUCAUGAUAAGACAUUCCUAUUUGAAAGGUGUAAAGCCAUUUAGAUCCGUUUGACACAUUCCAUGACUGUAUCUCAGAGAGCGUUAAUGUAUUUUUAU